AUGGGCGUCGAGAAGCAGAUCGUGAAGCCGGGCAACGGCGUCGACACGCCCAAGAAGCACGACGAGGUCUCCAUGGAGUACACAGGCUGGCUGUACGACGAGACUGCGGCGGACAAGAAGGGGAACAAAUUCGAUUCAUCGGUGGGUCGCGGGGACCUCAUCACCGAGAUUGGGGUUGGGCGUGUCAUUCGCGGCUGGGAUGAAGGCAUUCUGGGCUCUGCUUCGGCACCGCCCAUGUCGCUAGGCGAGAAGGCCACCCUGACCAUCUCAGCUGACUACGGCUACGGCAACCGUGGCUUCCCAGGGCACAUUCCUCCAAACGCUCGGUUGAUCUUCGAUGUCGAGCUGAAGGCCAUCAACGGCAAGAAAGCCUCAUAG